CCAUCAGAUGGCCCCCAUCACAGAAACCCCGUACCCACAGACGACUCAACGCCCACAAUUGUUCCUUCAAGCAGACCCUCCCACAGCACAGUAUAACCGUGAAUUCGGAUUCGCGCAUUCGCGACAGCCACUCGAGGCUUCUCCAGAUGCACGGCGCUAGUCAAAGGAAUGUCUAUCCUCCUCCUCCAGGUCCCCCGCCUAAUCCUACCUCUCCUGCCAUAUCUUCAUCGCCGUUGUAUCGUACCGCACAGCCGUCUCCAUUACGGCGCAUAGCUGUACAACAGCCGCCUUCCAUAACUACCACAAUAGGCGCGCAGCACGGGACUUUCUUACAACCUCCUACACCCGCCUCGGCCGUCUCCAUAAACACUCCGCUUUCCCCAUAUACCCCGUCAGUCUUCUCGCCAGCCUCUGCUACCACGCUGCCGUCGUCUUCCUCGAGAGGCUCCCAGUCGCCUAUGAGCUGCCGGAGCGCGACAGCCAUGGUGUCGUCGUACAAUCCACAAGAAUGGGGGAGGCAUGGCCCUACCAGUGGAACUUUCAUGCCACGGUCAAGUCCUCAAUCUACUGUGAGGUCGGAUGGUCUGACAGGAAUGGAGGCUUCAAUGCCCUCUCCUCCUCCUCCAUAUUCUCCCAAUAUGGCCCAUGCUGCCAGCCCGACCCACCACAACGCGAACAAUGUCUUUGCAUCUGUACAGAACAUUAUGUCGCCUGGGGGAUCGCAGCACGCUGAAUAUAGCCCAGCGGUUGCAUCCAGUUCGAGGACGCCGGAGCAAAACAGAACUAUAUCGGCACAUACAACCCCACAACUGGCUGGUGCAUCUUUCCCUCCGCCGCCCGGGCGAGAUAGGUCUUCGUCACGCCCCAAAGGCGACCGAGGCUUCUUCAGUCUGAUGUCCAGGCAUAAAGAUAAGGCACCAGAGAUAAUAGCAGGGCCGAGCAACAUGGAAUCACUCCGGCAAGGUACUACAGAUGCCCUAAUGCGGACGCCAGACUUGCAGCAUCGAGGCACCCAGCACAUCAUCAACGAGCGUGAAUUCUAUAACAUGGACGUUCGAGCACCUGCAGCGAGGAGGGCUGCAUCCACUGGUGCAAUUGGCAUCGCCGGGCCGUCUAGGAGAAGUGGUAGUACGGAGUCUCCCGUGCAGGCUUCAGCUCCUGGGGCGGCUCUGCCUCCACCACCUCCAGGUCCACCACCACCGACCAAUUCGCGGUCACAGAGUAUGAGUAGGACACCAGAUCACUUUCCUUCCUCCUCAUCCGCCGCUGGAGGCACAAUCCCUCUUCCUGGGCCCCCUACUAGAAGACCACCUCAAACAGGCACAAUGCUUGGACCUGUACCGCCAACGCCCGCGGAUUGGGUUGAGGAAGACGCUCGAAGGCGUUCAAAGUCACCCGCUGCAAGAGGCCUUCGUCUUGAGACUGGAACUUCCGUUACAGGCUCGGACUGGAACUCCAAUACUAAUGGCGAAGGAAGUACAGCUUCAGGGAGCCGAAUUUCUGAGCCUCACACCGCACACGUGUUCCCUAGUGUGCUGGACCGUAAUACAGCCAAACGUGAUCCAAGCGCCAGAGGAAUUAGAGAACGCAGGAAUGAAAGCCGAGCUGCGAGAGAGCGCAUUGGGGAGCCUCCGACGGCCGUUGAGCAAAACAAUAAUCCCUGGGCUCGUGACAUGCAACAAGCUGCCAGCCCAUCCACAUCUGCCAAACCUGCAGAUUUAGUUUUAGACUCGAUAGGUAGCGCUCUUAGCCGGAGACGUACCAUCACAAAGGGUACACCGAGGAGCGCAGGCAGCAGAGGGAUGCCAUCACCAGGGUUUCUGACGAAGAAGAGCUCUCUUGAAGCCGAACCGUCAUCGUCUCAUUCCACGCCCCGGACUGCAGACCCAUCGGCCAGAGUGAUGUCGCCAGAGUCUUUUGCGCCGACUCCUCCAUUCUCCCCAACUGUAGACAAGGCCUCCGGGAAAGCGGUACAGGGAAGAUCCGUAAAUCCGGCAGUGCCUCCAAAAGCGCUUCCUACACCACCCAUAUCGCAACAUAUGGAGCCUUCCGCAUCCGGACUUGGGGUACCGAGGCUACAUGCCUUGGAUCGACCUAUAUCGCACAUUCUCCAUGUUCCCAAUGAGGAUAUUUCGAUGCAGGCUCCACUCUCGCCAUUUCGUCCACCUUCUGCUGGUAUGACGAAAACACCUACGGCCAUUGCUGGUGCCAUAAACCGACCUAAGUCUUCAGAAGGUGCCCUCUUCGCCGAAGCUGCUAUCGAGAGGCAUCGGAUUUUUGUUGACAGGGAAAGGAAUGCUCAAACCGACCAAGAGCGUCUUGAAAUGUUUGCCGAAUUUAUUGUUGCAGAAUCUCGAUUACGGCGUGAUCAAUAUUCAGCGGCAUUUGAUAGCAUGGCUAGCGAAAUUUUCGACCUUACACGGGACAUGUGGCGUUCAUAUAAUGGCACAGGACGGCGAUCCGCUACCCCUAGCCAGACGGCACCUCUAUCAGCAUCUCAUUGGCGGUCUGCGACACCUUCCUCUCCUUUCCCAACCCCUAGCCCAGCAGUUACGAAGACAACGUUUGCCCGCGGUGAGCCAGACUCACCAGCGAGUGUUUCGAGUCAACAGAGCCGUGGGGAGAACCCGCAUCACACAGGGUUCCAACCAUGCCUAUCACCCAUACCAAGUAUGGCAGUGAGCACUGUACCAGACGAGCAAGAUUCUCGAGGACGGUCCGCCAGUCGAUGGUGGGAAGAAAGCGCCAAUGGAUCAGUAGGCAGAGGCGGUAAGAAGCUAGAACGAUCGAAGCGUGAGUCAAAGUAUAUGGGUCUUCCCAAGGAAGUUCGCGAACAUCUCCAGUGGGAUGGAGAGAGCACACCACCGUAUAGUGGUACUCCAGGGCCUAGCAUUGACUAUGCAGGUCUUGGUCCGAAUGAGUAUCCGCCAGAGAAGUUCGGCCUACACGAACAACAGCUCCCGCAAUCUGCGCACUCAUACCAGUUCUUCACCCACUCUGCACCAGCGACUCCAGACCCAUAUAAACUUGACGUUUCUCGGCUAGUCACCCUUCCACCGCCAUACCCUCGUCACCACCCCGCAGUCAACAAUAACCAUCCUGAUUUAGCCUCUAUUCGUGCUGUUCUACGCAGCUUGAGCGAUUUCGAUAGUGUGAACCCAAUUAAAGAUGAGUUCAAAUCCCGGGUAGCGUCAGCUCGAGAGCAAGAGCGCACAGCAGCAGCAGAACGACGGAACCAUCUCCGUUUCGAUAUACAGGACCAAAUACGUUCGGGACAUAUGAGCUUUGCCGAUGCAGCCAAAGCAGAAGCCAAUUUCGACAGUCAAGAAGUGCAGCGUAGCCAGCAAUGCGCAAAGGCAGAAUUCGACGGCUAUAAAAAAGAAGUAUACGGCCCAUUGAAUGCGUUGCUUUCAGAGAGAGUCACCAAGGCUACAGCCUCAAUUGAUCAUCUGAGGAAGGAUCUAGCGCAUGAGUCAAAUCCCAAUCAAACGCAGGAAGAAGGAGAUGAGCAACCAGAGCUACUCGAGAAAUUGACUCUUCUAAAGUGGCUUUUCGAGGUGCGCGAGCAACUUCAUCGGGAUCUGUUUGAAGUUGAGCGAGAGCGAGACGAAUACUACAAGAAGUACGUACUGAUCCCAUACGAUAUGGGAGGCAAUCAAGAUAAGGCCAAAGAGGUCGAUGCCUUCUUUACCAAAGAUGCACAAGAGCGCAAGGUCGGAUUCGAGAAAGACACCCUCAGACGCUUUGAAGAAUUCCUCAGGAUCGUAGAGGCGAACGUAUCUCGCGGUGUGGAGGAUCAGCUAUCUGCCUUCUGGGACAUAGCUCCGGGACUUCUUACCGUGGUCCAAAAGGUACCGCAGGAUCUUGAGGAUUUUCAGAUCUUGAUCCCACUUCAGGAGUACAGCGAAAAUCCGUCCUACUACGACUUUCCUAUGCAGUAUUUGUACUCGCUGCUCGAUCAUGCAAGGAAGUCUGCGUAUCAAUUCAUCGAAUCGCAGACAAAUCUAUUCUGCCUCCUUCAUGAGGUCAAGAAUGGCGUGAUGGCUGCCAGUACACGUCUGCUAGAGAUGCAAAGACAUAUGGCCGGGGAAGAUCAUGCGACGGUGGAAGCCGAGAUGCAAGCCAUUAGGCAAGAUGAAGAGGCGAGACUGACACUGGAUUUGAAGGAGAAGGUUGAGGUGGUAGAGGGACAGUGGCGAGAUGCGCUAGGGACGGGCUUGGAGGAGUGUCGAGAGCGUGUAGAAGGCUUCCUGAUGGAGCGCGGUGGAUGGGAUGAGAGCCUCCAGGAGUAGAGGCAAAGAAGACGAUUGCACGAUACCCACAUCCGGCUCAUUGUAUAUUUGGAGAUCCAUUGUGGUACAUACUUUACAUAUGGGAACAUAAGGUAUCACGUUAUGUUAACGAGCGCGGCGUUACUGUUUAAAGAUGCGGAAUAGUGUCUUUGAUAGCAUGAUGGCACUUGUAUGAUAGAUACUCUAAGCUAUCAACAUUGAGACAUGGGUCAUAAUGAUGCCAC